AUGGAUCUGUCAAGUUCAAGUGAAUCACUUAUUGAUGAUCUUCUAGAAGAUUACUGGUUCUUUGAGAACUUAUUUAGCAGGAGAUCGAGAGUCUUAAGGUAUUGUCACUCGGAUCCUUACCCUUCUUCUUCUUCUUCUUCUUCUUCUUCUUCUUCUUCUUCUUCUUCUUCUUUGACUUCUCCUGAAAAAUCGGGAGAUUCAGAUGAGAGGAAGUCUUUAGAAGCUUCCACAGGGAGAUGUUUGAACAGGGAAGCUUUUAUAGAUGGAAGAGAAGGAGGAUCCGAGACGAAGCAGUUCUCCGAAAAUAUUAGGGUUCAAGAACAGACACCGGUUGUGUCUUUCUUGCAUAAGAAGGAACGUACUGUUCUUACCAAAUCUGGAUCUCGGUCGACUCCGGGGAAGAUUCAAGAAGCUUCCACAGAGCGCAGUUUGAUUCGAGCGCCUUCUUUGCCUCCUCGGAUAGAUAAAAGAGAAAUGGGCUUAGAGGCAAAGAAGAUGAUCAAUAAGCUUACACGGCAGUUCUCUGAUAAGAUUAGGGUUCUAGAAACAACGGGUGACCGUUUCUUGAAUAAGAAGAACAUUGUGUUUCCAUGCAGAGAAAGGUAA